AUUAUAAUACGCACCUAUAUAACCGAGUCUCGUCUACCUUCCCUUCUCGCUCUUCUCGUCCUCUCUCUCCUUCAAAAUCCCCAAAUCCCCAAAUCCAGUUUCUGAAUUCCAUUUUCGAACCCCAUCAAUGGCGACCCCAUCCCCACGCGAAGAGAACGUGUACGUGGCGAAGCUGGCCGAGCAAGCCGAGCGCUACGAGGAGAUGGUGGAGUUCAUGGAGAAGGUCGUCUCCUCCGUCCCCGAAGGCGAAGAACCCACAGUCGAAGAGCGCAACCUCCUCUCCGUCGCCUAUAAGAACGUAAUCGGCGCUCGCCGUGCCUCGUGGCGCAUCGUGUCGUCGAUCGAGCAGAAGGAGGAGAGCCGCGGCAACAGCGAUCACGUGGCCACCAUCAAGGAAUACAGGACUCGGAUCGAGAACGAGCUCUCUAACAUCUGCGGUGGGAUUCUCAAGCUUCUUGACUCCAAGCUCGUGCCUUCGGCCAACGUCGGCGAUUCCAAAGUGUUUUAUCUGAAGAUGAAGGGAGAUUACCAUAGGUAUUUGGCUGAAUUCAAGACUGGAAAUGAGCGUAAGGAGGCUGCUGAGAAUACCCUCAAUGCCUAUAAGGCUGCUCAGGUUUGGCUUGAUUUUGAUUUCAUUUGGUUGCUCUUUGUGGUUAUUUAUAAUAUAGAUUGUAGAUUUUUCUUUUCUUCAAAUUUGAAUACUUUUGUAAAUAUGGUUGUAGAUUAUGCAUCCCUUUGUUUGGUUGUUUCUGAUGAAUGUAUUAGAUCGAAUUUUCAUUUGUUUGGGUGGGAAUAGUUGAAUAUUGGGUACCAAGGCUUGAUUUGGUU